CUGCCUGCGAGCCUCCUGGUGAAACGUUAGCUUGUUUAGCUAGGCUACUUCUAGCUACUCACGUUUGGACAACGUCUUAUUUAUAAAUAAAGAACACAUUCUGCAUUUAGAAAUAAAUCGCUUUGUGCUCGAUAUAACAUUUAAUUCAAUAAAACAACUGCACCGCCCGCUCAGUGAGUCCAGAGGCAGCACCGGGGGGAUAAAAGCAACGCUUCGUAAACACCUCCAAAACUACACAGACAGAAAAAGAUAUUAUAUAUUAUAAAGAGAACUUAACUAAUGAAUCCAACAUUACCUUUAUCUAAAUGAAAAUCGCCGAGCUGGUCUUCGAGGAGACUUCCCACAACAGCACACGUCGCGCACAAUGAUGACGUCGCACCGUUGUUCCCCUGACGACAACAAAGAUGGAGGAAUAUGCCCGUGAACCCUGUCCCUGGAGGGUGGUGGACGACUGUGGAGGGGCUUUCACUAUGGGGGUAAUUGGAGGAGGAGUGUUCCAGGCGGUAAAAGGCUUCCGUAAUGCCCCUGCAGGUGUCGGACACAGACUGAGAGGAAGUGCAAACGCAGUGAGAAUAAGAGCUCCACAGAUUGGAGGGAGCUUUGCAGUGUGGGGGGGGCUCUUCUCCACAAUCGACUGUGGUUUAGUUCGUCUGAGAGGAAAAGAGGAUCCCUGGAACUCAAUCACAAGCGGUGCACUGACGGGGGCCAUCCUGGCAGCACGCAGCGGGCCGCUGACAAUGAUGGGCUCCGCAAUGAUGGGGGGUAUCCUGCUCGCACUCAUCGAGGGCUUCGGGAUCCUCCUCACCAGAUACACCGCGCAGCAGUUUCAGAACCCCGUUCCCUUCGCAGACGACCCCGGUCAGUUACCUCCGAGGGAUGGAGGCCCGCAGCGGGGGGGGGGCAGAGGGGCAGUUUCAGUAGUGAGCCAUCAGGACUGAGAGCAGCUGUAAACACAGUGAGUCAGCCCAGAGAGGGGGGGUGUCAGGUAGUUGUGUAGCUCAGGGGGAACUUACUGUGAGUCUUAGUUAUUUAUGAAUGAAUGUUUGCAUCUGUCUCAGCUGGGAUCUGAUUAUACACUUCUGUUUGAUGAUUCAACAUCUUUAUAUUCUUGUGUUUCAUCAACAAACAAAUAUGUUUUACUUUCAUCAUUUUAAGCCUUUAAAUGGCAACACAAACGUUACAUUUGUAUCUAAUUUAAUAUGUGCAUACGUCAAUGUUUGCAAGUGGAAACCAGCUAAAUGACAUGUGUUAUCGUGUGAAGCGUUAAAGGAGCAGUUUGUAAAACAACACUUUUAUCUUUCAGCGUCCAAAGAUCUUAUUGUUGCACGUUCAGUAAACGUGGAAGCACUUUCUGUAAUGGCUGCCACGGAGAGCAGUGAGAAGUCUUACAUUAUAUCAGCUGUGACGAUCAAUGCAAAGACCUGUCACUGAAUAUUUAUUAUCUUAAGUAUUAGAAGGAGGAGUUCCUAGAAGCACUUUUAAACUGCGCUGCUGUACGAGUCUUGCAGUUAAACUUUGUAUAGAAAGAUGUUUAUUUUGUGUAAAUGUUGAUAUGAAAGAAAACAAUAAAGGCAUUAAAUGUUCUUUAAGACUUGA